GUCAAUGUUAGUGGCGUUCUAGUUAUUUCGAAAGUAUAGCUAUGUUUACCGUUCAUAGAUUGGGGUUCGCGAUUAAAUUCGGAAAAUACCUUACAAGACCGUUAAGUCUGAGCUGUGAAAGACGAAUUUUAAGAAAACAAUGUCAGCGGUUCUCAGGUAUAGCUGGCACUCUCGCACAAAGCUAUUCUUCUCAGGCAGCGACACAAACCACAGAAACUCAUAAUAUUAUAAAGGAUGUAGAAAAACCUACAGAGGAAGGAGUCAAACAUGAAUUCCAAUCAGAAACACGGAUGCUGUUACAAAUUGUUGCAAAGUCCUUGUAUUCAAAUAACGAGGUUUUUCUACGUGAAUUAAUUUCUAAUGCAAGUGAUGCGCUUGAAAAAUUAAGAUAUAUGCGCUUAAGUGAUUCUAACGCUACAGAUAUUAUUGGUGAUAGAAAUUUGGAAAUUCAUAUUGGUACUGAUAAACAAAAUAGAAUACUUAUAAUUCAGGAUACAGGAAUUGGUAUGACUCAUGAAGAACUGGUAUUAAAUCUAGGAACUAUAGCUAGAUCUGGUUCUAGAGCUUUCAUAGAAAAAUUAAAAGAGAAACAAGAUGCCGGUGAUAUGUCACAAAUUAUUGGGCAAUUUGGAGUUGGCUUCUAUAGUGCUUUUAUGGUUGCUGAUAAAGUAGAAGUGUUUACAAAAUCAUAUGCACCAGAUGCUGAAGGUUUUUGCUGGGUUUCUGAUGGUUCUGACACAUUUAAAAUCUCAAAGGCUGAGGGAGUUCAACCAGGAACUAAAGUUGUUAUACACUUGACUCCAGAGUGCCGGAGUUAUAGUGAUGAGGACACAAUUAAUAGUCUCAUCAUGAAGUACAGCAACUUCAUCAGUAGUCCUAUUUAUGUUAAUGGCAAAAGAGUUAAUACCCUGCAGCCAUUGUGGAUGCUUGAUCCAAAAGAUAUUACACCAUUACAACAUAAAGAGUUCUAUAGGUAUAUUGGGAACUGUUUCGAUUCUCCACGAUUCAUGUUACAUUACUCAACCGACGUUCCACUUAAUAUAAGGGCGUUAUUAUAUUUCCCAGAACAAAAACCACCAUUAUUUGAUUUCGCGCAAGGUGAAACAAGUGGGGUUUCGCUAUAUAGCCGUAAAGUUUUAAUUAAAAAUAAGGUUGAAAAUGUUUUGCCAAAAUGGAUGCGUUUCAUUAAAGGAGUAAUUGAUUCUGAAGAUAUUCCUCUUAAUUUAAGUCGUGAAUUAUUGCAGAAUAGUACUUUAAUUGGGAAAUUGCGUCUUGUUUUAACCACGCGAAUCUUAAAAUUUUUGAAUGAAACAUCUCAGAAAAAUCCUGAGGAAUACGACAAAUUUUAUAAAGAUUACAAUAUCUUUUUAAAAGAAGGUAUUGUAAGCACUGAUAUUCAAAAAGAAAAGGAAGACAUUGCUAAACUUUUACGAUUCCAAUCAUCUGCAAUGCCACCAGAGGAAUCAACAAGUCUACAAGAUUACUGCAAACGAAUGCCUCAUGGUCAAAAUAAGAUCUAUUACCUAUUAGCACCAAGCCGAAACUUAGCUGAACAAUCACCAUAUUACGAAUCUCUAAAGAAACAGAAUAUUGAAGUACUAUUUUGCUAUGAUGCGUAUGACGAUGUGAUUUUCUUACACUUGAAACAGUUUAACUCACAUAACUUAACUUCCGUUGAAGAAGAGUUACGUAAAUCAGAUUCAAAAUCUGAUAGUCCUGGUAUUAUUAAUCAAGGCGAAAUUAACAAUCUUAUAACAUACAUGAAGAAAGUUUUGUCCGGCAAGGCUCAUGACAUUAAAACAACGACUCAACUUGAGUCACAUCCGUGUGUUGUUACAGUUGCAGAUAUGGCAAGUGCAAGACACUUUACCCGCAUACAAACACGUCGAUUAGGAGAUGAAAUGCUUUACUCCAUGCUUCAGCCAUGUUUGGAAAUAAAUCCUAAUCAUUUCCUCAUUAAAAAGCUUUGUGAAUUAAUGAACACCAAUACAAAAUUAGCAGAUCUUCUCACAGAACAGUUAUUCAUGAACAGUAUGGUAGAAGCUGGUUUAAUUGAUAACCCACGUAUAUUAUUACUGUCUCUGAAUAAAUUGCUGAUUGAAGCAUUAGAGAAACAUUAAUUUACAUUAA